AUGCUCGUCGUCAAGGACAAUCGUGCCGUUUCGCUCCAAGACCUCACCGCGGCCGUCACGUGCUUCCCUCACCUCUCGCAUGUGCAUCUGAGCGACAACAGCGUGGAGAGCAUCGACGACGCCUUCCUCGCUCACCUCGCCGCUGCAUGCCCUAAGCUGGUGUCGCUCCACGUGGGCAAGGAGAUCAUGAAAAUCUGGGACUGGGAAAGGGAGCGCGAGCAUCCGGUGACCGAGGCUGGUUUGGACCGUUUCCUGCGUCGCUGCACUCAACUGCAGCACCUCUCGCUCUACUGCCUGCAUCGAUUUGGGAGGCUGCCUGCGUCCCUCUCGCUCCUCACGGACCUGCACACUCUGGCUGUGACCCACAGCGCAGCGCUAGAAGCGCCGGGAUUCACCAACCUGUCGUCUCUCGCCACUCUCUCCGUGGACAAGUCGGAUCAGGAGGAGCUGGAUCUCUCCAGCCUCGUGCACCUGCCCGCCUUCGCCAACCUCUCCCUGUGCGGCGAGACGGAGCUCGUUCUCGAAGGCGAGGACGCGUAUCCCGUCUCGUUUGCCCACAUACCUUUCCUUGAGUCGCUGGAAUUCAACUACAGCACUCCGCGCCUACCUGAAAGCUUUGGAAGGCUGCCCGUUUUGAGAGAGUUGUCGCUGCAGCAAGUGCUCAUCUCAGGUCUGCCGGACUCUUUCUCUCAGCUCUCAACGCUGGAGGUCUUGAAUCUGGUUGACUGCCGUGCAAUGGUGGCGUUGCCUGCAAGGUUCGGCAGCCUCCACGCACUCAAGUCCCUCUGCAUCGCCAACUCGCCGAAGCUGUGUCUUCCGGAAGACAUUGGAGGGCUCACCGACCUUCACACUCUCCGAGUGACUCUAAAUCGCGUACAAGAGCUGCUGCCGUGCUCGUUCACACAGCUGAAAUCACUGACAAGGCUCGAGCUCACCCAGUGUGGCAUGUUAAAGGAGCUCCCAGAGGGCGUGGGGUGGCUGAGUAACUUAUGCGAGCUAAGCAUCCGGGCAUGCCCCAAGAUCCGGAAGCUUCCUGAGACUGUUACUAACCUUGCAAGCCUUGAGGUUCUGAGAGUUGAAGGCUGCAGCAGGCUCUCUUUCAUUCCCGGGAGUUUGAGCGCCCUUGGAAGGCUGAAGGAGUUGGCCAUCGGCAAGUGCGCGCAGCUGCCAGAGGUCUGCAAAUCCCUCCCACCGUCGCUUGAGACGCUCAGUUUGGGGAGCGUCCAGCGGCUCACCCCUCUCAUAGAGCUUCCUGCGCUGACAAGGCUGAGGUGUAUAAGCUUGACUGGUGUUGCCCUGGUGCGUGGGUUGGUGGCUACCGUGAGUUUGACCUCCCUUGAGCACAUGGAGCUGGCUCUGGCAGGCGAGGCAGAGGAGCUCCCACUCUCCCUGGCGUUCUGCCCUAACCUCCGCACGCUGACCAUUCGAAGUGCUGCACGCAUGAAGACGCUUCCGCAUGCUUUUGGAUCGGCCUUGCAGCAGCUGAGGCAGCUGCGCAUAGAGCAGGCUGCGGAACUGAGAGGGCUGCCAGAGACGGUCAGUCAGAUGCACUGCCUGACCUCCUUGGAAGCCCAUGCACCCAAGCUGGCUUCCCUUCCAGACAGCAUUGGUGCCUUAUCCCGGCUGCGCCAGCUGAACCUGGCCCACUGCUCAUCCCUCACCCGCCUCCCUGCUUCCCUCACCCGCCUCUCCUGCCUCCACAAGCUCAACCUUGGCUUCACCGCCAUACGCUCCCUGCCUUGCAAUUUCGCCCAGCUGAGUCGCCUGAAGGCUCUUGACCUGGAAUCGUGCACGCACCUCGAGUCUCUGCCAGACGAUUUCACCCAGCUCCAGAUGCUGCAUAGCCUGAACGCUAAUAGGUGUGACAAACUGAUUGGCAGUAGAGGGUGCCUAAAUGUUGAAGGUGUUCCAGACAUGUAUGGGCUGUACGUGGCCUGA